AUGGAGACAUCAACAACAUCGACCUCUUCACCUGUUGAAGAGGCUACAGUCAGUGUACCUGAAGGCCGUAUCAUUACGGGUAGUGACUUUAACGACUUUGGGUUAUUCUCAGCAUCUGAUAACAACAACAACAACAAUAGUACUACUUCAAGACAAGACUUAAAUCUUCAAACAUCACAUGGUUUCUUGGUACAUGAUAUGUUGUCAGCUGAAGAAUGCGAUUUCUAUGUAAAAGAAAGUGAAUCAAAAGGAUACCGUACAAUUGAAAAGGAGUUCCCAAAGGAAUACAGAAACAAUUUACGUUAUAUUGGAAAGAAUAAAGAUCUUUCAAAUAUCUUGUGGAAGAGAUUAGAACAACAUUUUAAAAAAGAAGAGAUUGAAGGAGUUAGACCAUAUGGAUUCGAUCAAGAUGGUAUUUGGAUUCCAUUGGAAUUGGAUGAUUGUUUUACAUUUGGGCGUUAUGAACCUGGAGGUAGAUUCAAACCACAUCUCGACGCUGUCUAUGCAAGUGAACAAAACAAGCGUAGUAUUUAUACGAUGCAAAUCUACUUGAACGACGAGUUUGAAGGUGGUCACACCAACUUUUACUUGCCAGCUAAUCCUCUCGAGCUUGAUACUCAUGUAUUGACAGAGUCGGUCAAGCCACGCAAGGGAUCGGCCAUCCUAUUCAACCACGACACUCUCCACGAAGGUGCUGAGGUCUUGUCGGGCAGAAAGUACAUUAUGCGUGUCGACAUGAUGUUUUUGCGUAUUCACCAAGGUCUCAACCUCACCGAUCAACAAAAGGCCGAUAUGAAACUGGCCAAAGAGAUCUUCUUCCUCGCCGAUAGUUUUGAAAAGGAUAAAGGUGAUUUGGAGACUGCUAUCAGUACCUAUGUCAAAGCUCAAAUGAUGUUGGCUCAAUAUCCAUCAACUGAACUUAAAAAGUCAAAUGAUGACCUAUCAACUGCCACUUCCUCUACUUCUGCUAAAAUCAUUAUUAGAGGAUUCCAACCUGAAGAUGAUUACUUUACAAAGGUACCAGAAUACUUGUUCUUUAGUAUUCUCAACAUGUUGUCUAUUACGGAUAUUGGACGAUUCAGAUCGACCAGCAAAUCUUAUUUCAAGACAUUGACCAAGGAUGCAUUGUGGAAGAAUGUCUACAUUAAGAAUUACUCUUACUCUGCCUUUAAGUUUGAAGAACCAAAUGUCCAUGUCCAAGAAGAACGUCUUGAAAAGAAAAAGGGUAUCCUCGGAACACUUGCCCAAAGAUUUAAAAAGAUGACCGUUGCUCCAGCCUCUGAACCAACUAAAUGUUGGUAUCUAACAGUCAAGAAUAUUCAAAGUUUUACAAAAGGAAAGUUUAUCUAUAUUGAUUUUGGUUCUGAAUAUAUCAAAUAUUCAAAUUAUUCAUCAGCAUAUUUAUCUGAUUUAUCAAGAGCUAGUUUACAUCAAGAUUAUUCACCACAUUAUGUUAUGAGUUCAAUGGAUCGUGAGACAUGGAAUAUUGGUAGAUCGGCACACGGAACAAUACAGACUCCAGUUAUCGGUGGUUGUUUUGAUAUUGGUCGUUUGACAACCAAUUACCAAAUCAUUCGUCAUAUUUUGACAGCAGGUUUCAAUGAGCGUUACAACAUCUCUUCACCCAUCCACAUGGCUCUCAGUCCAGGACAAAUGACCCAGCUUCCAUUUUUGAAGCAACUCCACGGCAAGUUGUUUAGUACUUCUUUUAUUGUAAAGGAUGCUGCUCUCUUGGUGCUCCAAGUACACGGUCUCGAGAGUGGAACUGUUGUUAUGAUGGGUCAUGGUGCUACCUCUAUUGUUUGUAUUGUUAAUCGCAAGCAUGUCAAGGUUGUAUCCUUCCCAGUCACUGGUAGUACCAUUGCUCACUAUACCACAGCUCGUGCCCAAGAGUAUGGUACCGAAGCCAAGAUCUUCCUCCAAUCAAGACGUGAACCACUCAAGGAAAGAUAUUAUGAAUUGUGUCAAGUUUCAAUGGACUAUAAAGCUGAUGCUUCAAAGGGUUCAGUUUCCGAUUCUUUAAGAUUUUCAGCACCAGAAAUUUUGUUUGAUCCAGCAUUGAAUCAAAUUAAAUCAGCUGGUAUUGUUGAAUCUACUUUAUCAUUGAUUAAGUCCAUUCCAGAACAUGCAAGUUUAUUAAAUAAUGUUGUCAUUACUGGUGGUAAUAGUUGUUGGAAACACUUUGAAGAAAGAUUUACAAGAGAUAUUCAAAGGAUUGACAAGGAGAUCAAUGUAUAUGCAUCACAUGUAUCUGAACGUCAAUAUGAUGUUCUCAAGGGUUUAAAACUUGAUAGUUGUUUGACCAAAUCAAUUCAUGAUAUUAAAUUAAAUUAA